CUAACUCUCCCAUCACCACUCACCCCCUCUAUUAAGUUUCAAGCGUCUCUUACUCCUGAACUGAACAACACACACCAAACAGGACUGGACGGAAAACAGACACCGGCUCUCCUGGUCCUUGCCUCAGUCUCCUCCCAUUUUUAUAAUUUCCUCACUUCAUCCGCCCCCUACUUCAUUUUAGCUCUAUUCAAACCGCUUCCCAUCUUAUGUCAUUGUUCAGCCCACUUAUUUUUACUUGAUCUUUUGUUCACUGACUGCUUUUGCUCAGUUUGUCCAUCCAUCACAGGACAGCUGAGAGCUGCGUCUCCUCUUUUUUUUAAUAUACUGUUUUAAAACGUCCAAACCUCUGCCCAAUUACUUCUCACUUAACCUUCCUUCCAUCUUUUCAGCUAUUACUUGCUCCUAUAAUCUUAAACCUAAGUGCCCCAUUCUGGCCAGUUGAGAUCAGUAUGUGGUCCAACUACUUUGUACAGCAGGAUGAGGAGGGUCGCAUUGGGGUGGCAGGAGCUGGACAAGCUGGGGGUCUGGGUGGAAUGAAAGGUGGAAGGGGACAGAGGAGGAUCCCCAAAAUGAGUGACAGCCAGGAGGGGAAGAUCAAGCUGGCCUUUUUUGUUGCUAUCAUUGGUGUGACCCUGACGGUGUUGGGCAUGGGGACAGAGUUUUGGGUGGAGCUGGCCCAACCAAAGAAUUUCAGCGGCAACCAGACCUGCCAGAUGGCCCAUUAUGGCCUGUGGAAGGGCUGCAUCCGCACCCUAUGGGUGGCUGACAUAGACCCAGAGAGAACAAGCUGUGGCCCCGCUGAACUACCUGGAGAAUCCAACUGCACCUACUUCAAAUUCUUCACCUCUGGGGAGAAUGCAGUCAUAUUCAAGAAGACGACUAACAAAAAUCUGAAUUUAGCAGCAGCUAUCUUGGCCCUCCUGAGUCUCACCAUGAUGGCGAUGGGCUCCAUCUGUAUUGGCAUGUCCCUCAGCAAAGGAGUGCCCUUCUUUCUCAAGCCAGCCUCCUUCUGUUUCAUCCUAUCAGGUGUACUGGUCCUUCUCUCUGUCCUGAUAUUCCACCAGUCUGUGCUGGCCUUGCUGUCCAGUGACCACUCCAUACCUUUACACCAUGAGCUGUCCUGGUCCGUGGCCUGUGUGGGCUCAGCGGGAGCCAUUCUUAUUCUCGGAGGUGUUCUCUUCAUCAUCCUCUCCCUUCCUUUCAGCCCCUGGCAGAAAUGCUUGCCACACAAGAACAGCACCACCUAGCAUUUGGAAAUAUAGACACAGUAUUGUUCAUGUCUUGUUUCAGAGGAAGUGGAAAAGUCAUUUUUCUGAGGACUGUGACUUUGCUUGCUCUUGGUAUUUAAUUUGUCAGAAAAGUCAUACUAGGUCUUAAUAAAUGUAUGAAGAGAAGUCAGCCACACAUGAGUAAGGCCUCCAGAAUUUGGUUUUCAAAAAUUUGUUUUAGCUUUUUAAGUAGAAAAUAGAUGAAAGGAGCAAGAGGGCUACUGCUGACCGUUUAAUCGUCUAGCUAUGUGUUGUGUUUACUCAAAUAAGUGUCACAAAUAGGCUUGUUAGCCUGCCAAUAGCUGUACAGCAACACAUAAAUCUAGUCUUCCUGCUAGCAUAAGGAGAAUAAAUAAAAACUUUUUACAUACUCAGACACUUUUCUAUUUUAAAACUUUUUGUAGUCUGUUUAAUAUGGAAGCCCAUUUCUGCUAAACAUUUGACCAUGGUUAGGUUCAGAGUUAUCAAUAAGUCCUCCGUCCAUCCCUCUAGAAUAACACUUGGAAGUGGUAUGUGCCUCAGUGAAGUGCAGUCAAUGCUGAAGUGCCAAAAACUGCAGUUCCUCAAACGUCCAUGGCUACAGAACAGGUCAAUCUCCAUAAUCCCCCCAAAGUUAAAAUGUCCAACUUCACAGCAGAAAUAAACGUGUUUACAGCCUGGUACAAAAAACAGUUUUGGUCUCUAUAGCUAGUUUCCCU